AUGGUGGACUCUCCCGGCUCGAUGAGGAGAACCUUCCCGGUGCCGGAGAUCAAGCCGCUGGACCGGUACGACUUCACCCGGGCCAAGAUCCGCGCCAGCGUCCGGUGGCUGCUGUCGAAGUCGUACGGCUCUGCAGAAAACGUCCCCGUGGAGCUUCGGGAGCCGCUUUACAAAGACCAGUAUGAACAAGAGCACCUGAAGCCGGCCGUCUCCAAGCUGCUGCUCUCUCCAGAGAUCUACUGCAGAGCCCAGGCCCUGCUGGCACAGGGGGUCUCCCUGCCGGCGGCGCAGGGGUCCCCGGCGGACAACUCGGCCCUGCUGCAGUUCCUCAUCAAGAAAGGCGUCGCUCCGAAGGUCCAGGAUGUAGACGUCACCGAGGAGGACCUGAGCUCCGCCCCCAUCAAGACGAAGGCCCACCUCGCCCUGAUUGACGCUCUGAUGAUGCUGGCUGCCAGAGAGGCGGUGGGCCGGGUGAAGAUGGCGGUGGAGGCGGAGCAGAUGGGCGUCGGGGCUCCGUGGGAGAACGCUCUGCUCUUCUGGGUCAACAGGCUGAACCAGAAGCUGAGAGAAACCACAGAAGAAGAAGAGCCCACCAAGUCUCAGACCUGUACAGACCUGCAGACCGCUCAGGACACGUGUAACUCCAACCGCUGGUACUGGAAGCUAGUCCCCCAUGCUAUCGCUUUUUGUUUGAAGGAGUCGGGGAAUAAGCCUCCAGUGAUUCGCUAUAGGAAGGACAAAGUGCAGUCUAAGCUGACUCCUACUUUCCCUCUGGUUUCUGCGGUCAAAGAUCUGUCUAACGGCUGUGCUAUAGCUGCUGCGUUGCACUUCUACUGCCCCGGCCUGCUGCCUCUAGAGGAUGUUUGUCUGAAGGACACCAUGUCGGUGGCUGACAGCCUCUACAACCUGCAGCUGAUCAGAGACUUCUGUGAGAGCAGUUUACAGAGCUGCUGCCCCCUGGCUGUGGAGGACCUGCUCUACGCUCCACCCGUCCUGCAUCUGAACAUCAUGAGCUUCGUAGCUGAGCUGCUGGAGUGGUUUGAGGUUAAGAAGCCGGAUUUUGUUCAGCCCAUCCAACCCAUCGACCUCACAGAUGUCUCGGGGUUACUCGACUGUACAAGUCCUGUCAGCGGGAACAGCAACAGCGGUUCUCCUUCCUUCAUCUUCAAACAACCCUUUGUGCCCAUCUGCUCCCCAGUGUCACCAGAAAACAAGAGUUGGAGAAAGAAGCAAAUCAGUCGUCCUCUGUCAGCAGUGACUUUCAGCAUCCCAUUUGGGCUGGACAGUGAUGUUGACAUUGUCAUGGGAAACCCAAUAGAUUCUGUCUUUCGCUCUGUCAGCACUGACAGCCCCACCACCGGCAUCCCCGCUAUGACUUCACCGGUGACAUCGUCAGGGAUGACUUGUGUCCCGUACAGCCCUCCAGAGGAGCUCAGCCACCUGGUCAGCGCUUCUGCUCCGUCGCAGCGCUCUUCCUGGGGUCCUUACGCUCACACAACGCCACUGGGAGAGCUGCCAACCAUCGAGGAGGCGCUACAGGUGGUUCAUAGUCCAAGCAGCAAAGAUCGGAGGAAGGUAAGGAUAGCAGAGAAAGGUGGAAGAGGAGUGCUGGGAGGAAGGCCAGAGCCCAGGUUACGUCCAGAAGGAGCCCCUGCUGGUUUCUUUCUACACUCCCCUGUGGAGGAUAAAUCCCAGCUCAGUAGCUCUGCUCCCUCUCGCUCUGGAGUCCUCUACCGGCCUGUUGGCGGGGAAGUGGGUGACACUGAAAGGCAAGGAAGGGGAGAGAGGAGGGAGCGAUCAGGACGCGCUUCCGAUAUGUCACGUGACGACGACUCCGUCCUACGAGAUGGCAGCGUUGACUCCUCCGAAGCAUCGGAUGAUACCCCUAGAAACGCGCCUGGUAAUAUUCGUCCCAGUAACGGUCGCCAGGGGAACAACAGCACCAGCAACAGUCCACGCAUGACAAGCUUUGCUGAGCGGCGAGACAGCAGAAGAAGACAUUCGGCUGCUCCCGGGGAGGAGUCGGCCUCUGCUCCGACCCCAACCACCCCAGGAACUCCAAACACACCCUCCACCCCAGCAGGGGCACCUGGCCGCCAGGACAGCCCCGGUCCCAGAGGGCCCGAGCCGGGCUCUGAUGCCUGGGAGUUGGGGACUCGUCUGGAGGAAAAACGCAAAAGCAUUGAAGCCCAAAAAAGACGCAUUGAAGCCAUCUUUGCCAAACACAGACAGAGGCUCGGAAAAACAGCUUUCCUUCAACUGAAGAAAGAGCAAGGAGAGGGAGGAGGGGAGGGAGCCGAGGGGGAUAAUAUCACCCUGGAGGAACGCCUCACUUGUAUGGAGGAGCAACUGAAAGAGGAGGAGGAGAGGGAAGAGAAGGAAAAGAAGGAGAAAGAAAAGGAUGGAGAGAAGGAGAAGGAGAAACCAUCUGUUCCCAAUCCUCCUCGGUUAGAAAAGCAGGUCACUUUUUCUAUCGAUAGUAAGAACGGGGCAGAGAAAGAGAAAGGAGGCGAAGCUGUCUUUGUGGAGUACAAUGAAGUGGUUCAGAAACUAAGUGAAGCUCUGCAGUCACUUCAAAAGGACAUGCAGAAACUUACAGAACAGCAACAGCAGCUCAUGAGUAAUCAAAGACCCAUAAAUACACCCAAAACAACUCCAAAAUCAACACCUAGUGCUGCCAAAACCCCUCCUCACACCCCAACAAAGACGCCACCAAGAACCCCGACAAAGACUCCUACGAGGAGUACCAGUAAAGCUCUGGUGAUUCCUGCUCCCAGUGGCCCUGCUGCCUCCUCCCCGUCACGACGUUCGCACCUUCAUCCUUCUUUAACUUCCCCAAAGACUAUCCUCUCCUCUUCCUGCCCGGCUCCUCGUACAAAGAUCCACUCCUCCUCCACUCCCCGCAGCCCAAAGCACCACCCGCGUGCCCAACAUCAGCCUCACCCGCGGCCUUCCGAACUCAAGUUUCCCCCGCUCAACCGCGCCUUGGCACCGACCCAUAAUGUGGACACCCUCCCCCACUUGCGGCGGGUAUCCCCAAGCAAGUGUCAGGUUCAGACCUCCUCCUCAUUUCGUAUCGGUGGGCCUCGGACUCCUCAAGACCGUCCUCAGACUACCCAGCAGCCACAGCCUGAUGAAAACACCUCGGACACAGCAUCUAGCGAGACUCCGACUCAGUUCAGCUUGGAGCUGGAGGACUCCGAAGCUGUCGGAGGGCUUCUGGUUUUCCCACAGCCCGGACAAGAUCGUCCAACGGCUGCCGGUGGAAGCAGCUCUGGCGCUCCUUCUGAGUGCUCAUUUGGGAGCGAGACUUUGUCUCUUUCUACAGCGUUCAGCGCAGGAGGAGAAGGCGGGAGAGGUGGAGGUGGAGGGAAGCGCUGCAGCCUGAUGGAGGCCUCACUGUCUUCUCUUGGAGGGCCAGAGGGGGGCAGUGAUGUACCAACUGAUGAAGGGCAGGAGUUUUCCUCUGAUUCUAUGAGCGACCACACAGAAUCUGCUGUGGAACCUGCUAGAGGACUCGCUGCAGAACCUUUAGACCCCAUAGAGCAGCUGAAUCUGGCAACAGGAGCCAGCGAUUUGCCAGAACAACAAACGGAAAGAGAACAGACAAGACAGACCCAAACUCUGGAACCGAGUGCAGAGCAGAAUGAGCCUGCGGCAAGAGGUGGAAUUGGAUUCUUCUUUCAGGAUGAGGUACAGAGUGAAGGGGAGAUGACCCAGCGUAGAGCUUUGCUGUUGGAAAAACAGCAGAAGAGAACCGAGGAAUUGAAGAAGAGGAGACAGUGGAAUGAGCAAGAAAGGGAAAACAGACCAGCAUCCUCAGAAAGAAAGGUGGCAUCUCCCUCCAAUACACCUCCUGCAGGCAUGACCUCACCUUCCCCCACACCUCCUGCUACACCAGUCCGGCGGGGAAAUUUCACGCGAGUGGAGUAUGCACGGCGGCAUCAGCUCAGGAUCAUGGAGGACUUGGACAAAGUGCUUCGGCAGAAAUCAACCAAUCAAGGACGAUCUUCCGCCAAGAAAACCCGCUCCCGUCCUCGCAGCAUGACGAGGGAGGAAACACAGCUGUCUCUGAGUCCAGCCAAGGGAACAACUGGCUCUAAAUUGACCAAAGUCUACUCUAACUCCUCCCUCAACCUGGCAGUAACGGAUGAGUCAGGAAACAGAUGUGGUGACCUAGCUAAGAAACCCAACAGCCGCCCUGAUUCUCCUUCAGGAUGUUUGACACCAAGUAAGCUGGCAAAUCAGAACGGAGAUAAAGACUGGGAGUCUGGUUCCAAUGGAACCUCGCCUGCCCCAGAAUACACAGGUCCAAAACUCUUCAAAGAACCAAGCUUCAAGUCCAAUAAAUUCAUCAUCCACAACGCUCUGUCUCGCUGCUGCCUCGCUGGAAAGGUCAACGAAACCCAAAAGAACAAGAUAGUUGAGGAGAUGGAGAAGAGUCCCGCCAACCACUUCCUCAUCCUCUUCCGUGAUUCCAGCUGCCAGUUCCGGGGCGUUUACACCAUGAACACCGACACCCAGGAGCUUGUGCGAUUGGCUGGCGUAGGCCCGCGGACGAUUGGCUCUACCCAGGUGGAGUCCAUCUACAAAUACAGUUCAGACAGGAAGCAGUUUAGUGCCAUCCCCUCUAAAACCAUGGGCAUGAGUGUGGACGCCUUCACUAUCCCCGGCCAUCUUUGGCACGGAGGAGGCGCAGCAGGAGGAGGAGGAAGCCGGAGGGCUAGCAUUACUAAGAAGGCAGUCAUUUCUAAGUGA